AUGUCCACAUCUCAACAUCAUGAUGCUCCAGCACUAUCCUGUGCGGACUGGUUCAAAUUCAAGAAGCACAAGCACUGCACGUUCAGCAAAUGGUCUGUUGGCACCACCCACCACUGUGCCUCGAGGCAGGAGCCAUUCGACUUCUGUCCAGAAUGCUUCUCCUCCAGUGUCCAGACCUGCAGGAGACAUCAAUCAUGCAUGCUCACCGCUUUCCCAGGACCACAACUAUCAGUCGAGCUUCUCAAGGUCAAACUGUUGUUGCUUCUCGGUCCUGCUUCACCAGAUGAAUCACUGGACAAGCCUAUUAGCACUGGCAUGCGGCGUCGCCGGAGAUCUUCUAGCACUGACUGUAACGACCCAUUGAUGUUUACACCUGGACUCACAAAGCAACUCAAGUUGUAUGUAAUGAAAGUUGCUGAAGAGAAAGACGUCGACGAGCAGCACCUCAUGGAUUUCACCGGAGGAAUUGCCUAUAUGCUCAUCGAUAUUAAGGCCACCUUGAUGGUGUUGAGUGCGGUGAACAGAAGGUCUCUCCUCACAGAAUCCAAAGACCUAAUAGAAUCCAAAGAUUUCAAGGUACUUGUGUCUAACGGUAUUAAUCUGUCGCCGACUUCAGACUUAUCAAGCAUGACACAGUCAGGUCUUCACAACUGCCUCACAGCAUGUGUGUUAUCGCCUAAUCUCACCGCAAAUGUCAAUGACACGCUUGAACAUGUCAUGGAAUUUAUCAAGAAGAAUAGUGAGAUAUUCAAGGUCCCAAAGUUCCUGUUUGAAGACAUCGAGCUCACUGCACAAUUAUCAAAACUUGUCAGUGAAGCACUUGCUUGCAUCCACGGCAAUAUAAAGUCUAAGCUGAUGACGUCAAUCUCUAAACGCUCGAGUAUCAUAGACACCGCAAGAUCACUGGCCCAUGGUUGCCUAGAGAUUGAUGUGUCACAUUGGAAUAGAUACGCGUUUUUGUGGCACUGCUUGCGCAUUUUUCUUAUCGGCACUGGUAACCACAAGAACAUACCUCUAAAGGAUAUUUAUUCUCUGUCACUCCUUCCAUCGCUCCACCGAGACCUUCGUGUCAAAGUUGGUAACACACUUGGCAUCGAUGUUGGAUUGGACGACUUCGACCCAGACCCCAUAGCUGAAAGUCCCACUAAUAAAGUCCAUGAGAAUGGUGCAGACAGUAUGGGAGACAUUGAAGGCAGCAUGAAUGGUGCAGAGGCCGGAGAUGAUGGAACUUUUGAUAUCAACCACGAUGGAGACAAUGACGCGGAUGACGAGGAUGACCCUGAGGGAAAUGUGUCUGGCACGGCAGAGAAGUAUGAACUUGACCCCAAUGACUCGGGAUUUGGGGGCAAUGGAAAGCACACCAUUUUCAUGUCAACUAAGUUUUGGAGGUUCGUGGAUGCCUCGCUCGAGGGUGUUCGCAAAAUGGGAAAGGCAGAGGCAGAGAAACUCAACGAUGGAACACCGGUUGAGAAUGUCGUCAGGAACAUCCUGGUCGAAUUUUUCCAGCAGGACCUCGCUGAAUUCCCAGGGAAGAGGACUGUUCCGAAACUUCUUUCCAAUACCAAUCCCCAGUGGCAGAUGAAGAUUCAGACCGAUCUGCUUUGGUGA